UCUUCUGGAGGUGUUUGUGUUGUCACUUUCUUCAAGCGAGAUGCAGGUUGUCGUUCUUCCACAAAUUCCCACUUGCUGCUUCUGUUUGGAUCGUAAGGCUGGAUCGAUUGGCAUAGGCAUUUUCUACUUGGUUGCAUCUGCAGUGGCCAUCAUUCUGUUACCUCAAUUUGCCGCUGCAGAACAAUACUCCAGCGUCAACGGUACGGUGAGGUUCGAGUUGUUCGUGAAAAUUGGACUGUCCACUAACAUCGUCUGUUUUCUUCUGGCGUUACUGCUCAUUAUUGGUGUUUACAAAAAUUUUUUGUGGUCAAUAUUUCCUCUACUCAUCUAUAUUGUUCUAGAGCAGAUAUCAACUGCUGUCACUUGCAUAUUGCUACUUCUACACGUUUCUGAGGCUCCAGUUCCUGUAAUUAUAAUUGUGUUAGUUCUCUUCGUCUUGGCCAUACUCAAAAUCUAUUUCAUCUACAAUCUUCAAGCAUAUUACAAGUUGGCUAAGAGACAGCAGAUGAUGACACUUGGUGCUAGUGCAAGGAAGAUGGAACCCCUCCUGAGUCACCAAAUGCUUCCAGCAACAAACCUUGACUGAAGAACGUUUGCACACACUUGAUGUGUUUAAUUCUAUAAAGGUAGAGUUGUUGUUGGAAAGUGUGGACCAAUGUACGAAGGAUCCUUACAGUUAGAAUCUGAAGUCUAGAUAACUUGCCUGCAGUGGAAACUGCUGAUGGUCGUAGUUGCUUUGCUUUAGUAACGUAGCUUGCUAGCUAAUGUGCUUGGGUAUAUAGUAGUGUUGUUCACGUGAUUGGGAAAAAUGGCGUAUGAAUUAUUGUGUGUAGUUACAA